AUGGUGUACGACAAGUCGGGCCGCUCAAGCAGAACGUACGGCAACAGUGGUCCUGGAGCAGUACUCAAUACGAUCUGUUUCAUCGGCAUACCACUUGGCUUCCUCUUGAUAGUGAACAGAGUAUACUGGAGGUGGACAAAGGGUGUUCCAGGCAAGGAUGAUAUUAUAAUCAUCCUUGCGUGGGUCUUCUUAGGAGUCCUAGGCGCCAUCCAGUAUGUUGCCGUCGACUAUGGCUAUGGUCGACGUAUUUCGGAGCUGACGCCAGACGAGGCCUCUGAUGCUAUUCGAAUGUUCUAUCUCUACCAGAUCUUUUACAAACUUACUCUCAACCUGUCCAAGUUGUCUAUCUUGACACUAUAUUUGCGCGUCUUCGACACCCGCGACUGGUUUGGCAAGAUCACGAAAUUUCUAAUAGGUCUUGUGCUUAUAUUCAGCUUCUCAAUCAUGUAA